AACGUUGCCUAGAAACAGCGUCAGCUGUCAAUCAAAGCCUGGCGUAGCAACGAAAACAGACAAACAGCGUCCAUUUAAAAGUCUAAUGUUUUAUGAGUAAUGUUUCCAUUAUUACUGUGACCUCGGACUGUUUGAAUAACUUAUCCUGGGACUUCGCAUCAUGGCUGGAAGUUCUGUUCGGGUCGACCCGCCAUUAGUGGAGUUCAAGAAUGCGCGAUGCGGGCGGGUUUACGAGACCUUCUUAAAGGUGACGAACAUCGGGAAGAACGUCAAGAAAAUCGCUUUUGCAAAACCUACGCUGAAGGUGUUCAAACUGGAUCCACCAUGCGGAGCCGUCUCUCUGGCAUCUGGCUUGUCUGUUAGUGUCUGUCUAAAGUUCACACCGGAGUCUGAUGAGGAGAUCAGAGACUGCAUUCAAGUUCACGUCGACGACAAAGAAACCAUCUCGAUCCCACUGUUGAUGCCUUUCAGGGUCUGUUUGCUCUCCAUGGAUUCCUCCAUUGACUUUGGUUGUGUUGCUGCCAGCAGUGAGGUGAUGGUCAAACAUCACCCAAUAACAAACCACGGAUCAGUGCCAGGCACGUUCCGUGUUCAGAGUGAGAGCAGAGACGCUCAGCUCAGCCUGUCACCCCGCCGAGGAGUCGUAGCAGCUGGCGCCACCAAGUGGCUGAAAGUGGAACUGCACACGGACAGGCCCAGGCAGAUUUCAGAACAAGUCCUGGUGGAGCUCCAGAGUGGAGCCGCGGUUGUCCUCAGCAUCAGGGCGGACGUGGUGGACCAGCGUCUGGAAGUUAUUGACUUGCAGGGUACUCCUCUGCCUUGCGUGGAGUUUGGAUGUGUUUACUUUGGGACAUCCUGUGUGAAGAAAGCGGUUCUGAGGAACAUCGGACCAGCGCCGUGUGACUGGGUCUGCCUGCUGCAGGAGACGGCUGCAGGUACCGAGCUGGGAGCAGAUCUUCAGAGGAGCACAGACGCCGCCCUGCUGGACAAAAUGCAGAAGUGCAGCUCAGAGAAAGAUGAGGUCUGUCAGAACCUGGUCUGUGUGCCGGCUGAGGGUCAACUGGGUCCAAACGACAAAACCACAUUAUCACUACACUUCAGCCCCGUCUGCAGCAGGAAUGCUGACAGGCAGGAGCGUGACCUUUCACCCUGCAGGCAGGAUUACUGCCUGUUUCUGUUGUUUGACUCUGUGGGGAGCAGACGCGGCUUCACUCACCGCGCCGCUCGCAGCAGCGUGGAGCUGGCAGUGACAGGUUCAGGCCUCCCUGUGCGUUUGGUGCCCAGCCCAUCCCACAGGUUUGAUUUCCCCAGCUGUGCACCCGGCCGAUGUGCCGACGUCCUGUGCGUGCUCCAGAAUCUCUGCCACCAACUUCCUGUCACCUUUCGUUUCCGUAAAACGGCCCAGUUCUGCGCAGAACCUGCUGGUGCCAGCAUCGGCCCAGGCCGGCGCCUGGAAGUAGUUUUGAGCUUCAAGGCGCGACAGCAGGGCAGCCUCUGUGUGCAGCAGAAACUGGACGUUCUUGGACGAGUUUCCAAGAGGAACGAAGACCAGGACGUGGAUCUGGAGCUUUGCAGCUUCCACACCAUCACUCUGCACUUUUCAGCCACCUGCCAAACACAGAGUCCUGGUCUGCACCUUCUCAACCUUCAGCCGGAUCAGGCUGAUAAACCACAGCUGAGCAGACGUCAGACGCAGACCGACAACAGCCCAGCAUCCACCAUCAGAAAAACAGCUCCUCACAGAGACACCAGCAGGAGGUCUGCAGGUUCUGGCGUCCCUCGCUGUGUGUCUGUGGAUGUUUUGACCGAGCGGCGACAGCAUCAGCAGAUCUACGUGGACUUCCUCAGACGUCUCAGACAAACACGACUCCAAAAGCUCAAGGAGAGAGAGCAGAAGAACCUGGAGGACGGCGUAAACCUCGGGAUCGUUCCCUGUCACGGCCUCGUUCCCCCCAAACUGCCCGUCAGCGUCCUGGAGGAGGAGAUCUCAGAGCUGAAGCUGGAGGCAGGAAGCAGACGCAGCGUUUUAUGGAACACAGAUUCCCCUCAGCUUUCAGAGGAAACAAAUGCAGUUCCUUCAAGCGACCAGCAGGAGGAGGACUGCAGCCGAACUCUGACACCUCAGGAGCUCUACCAGGUUAUCGUCGAGCCCUGGGUCCUGGAUUUCGGGAGGGUGUGUGUGGAUUCCGAGAGCGUUCAGACAGUGAAGUUCAUCAAUCUUCUGCCGGUUCACGUGUGGCUGCAGCUGGAGGUGGACUGUCCUGAGCUUCAGGGCUCCGCCCCCCUCUCUCAUGUCCUUCCUCCACGCUCCCAUCAGGACUUUCCUGUGGUGUUUCAGAGCAGCGCUCUGGGCUCCUUCUCCAGAUCUUUGAGCUACUCUGUAAACCAAAGACAUCCUGGUCAGAUGGUGGUCCAGGCGCAGGUGAUCCCUCUGUCUCUGGAGCUGUCCACCACCCAGCUGCUGCUCCACCCAAACACACACCGGAGCACCGUGACCCUUCGGAACCCGUGCAAUAGAGCAGCAGAGUUCACCUGGCGGCCCCUCCUCACGCAGAGCGACGCCCCGUUCUCCGUCCGACCGGCUACAGGUACGGUGCAGCCGCUCAGUGAGCUGGACUGUGAGGUGGUGUGGCAUCCAUCGUUCUCCUGCUCCUCUGAAGGAGUCUUUGAGGUCUAUGUGCACGAGGGCAACGUGCAGCAGCUGCACUGCAUCGCCAAGGUGGGGUCCACGUCUGUGCACCCGGCACAGGACCGGAUCGCGUUUGGAUCCGUGCCGCUCAACGUGCCGUCUGUCAGGACCGCUGUUUUACUCAACAGUGGACUGAACCACGCCUUUUACCAGGUUGUAGAGGAGCAUCUCCCAGCAGGCAUGGCGGUGAGCCCACGUGAAGGCGUGCUACCGAGCAGAGGCCAGAGCGUGCUCCAGAUCCACUACAGUCCAGAACAAGUCUCUCGUUUGGACGCCAGAGUUGAGAUCUCUCUGAGGAACAUGAAGUCUGUGCAGCUCCGAGUGGUCGGGACAGUGGAGCCUCCGAACAUCGACAUGAGCGUGACCCUCUUCCAGUUUCACUGCGUUUACGUCGGCUCUCAGCAGAGAAUCCCCUUUAGCCUCACCAACCGCAGUCCCGCCGCCGCCACAGUCGCCUUCCAUCUGUCCGACCACCAAGACUUCUUCAUCCAGGCCCCAGAACAUGCAGCCAGAACAGGUCCUACCCCAGGAUCUCCUCCAGCAGAUCCGGGUCUGAGCGUGGUGGAGAUCCAGCCCCAGCAGACGGAGAACUGCUUCCUGGUCUUCUCCCCCUCCCAGGUGGCUAGCCACGAGUUCCACCUUCAUCUGAGAGUGAAUGGAGUUGAAUGGCCGCCCUCCUCUUCCUCACCUGCUGGAGGCAGAGACCUCGUCAGACCGCUCUCUCACUCGGACAGCCUGGAAGCUCCGCUGAUACGAGCCUCAGCUCUGCUCCCUCCUCUGGAGAUGUCUCCCUGUGGUUUGGAGUUUCACCUGGAUCCCCGGUCUCACCUGAACUCUCAGACGGUUGAGCUGAAAGCGGCGAGCAGAGACGGCGUGUGCUGGAGUUUGUUAGGAGGGGAGGUCCAGUGGUGGUUUGACUGCAGGGAAACAGCAGGUCUGCUGUCGGUGUCUCCAUCCUGUGGCAGCCUGGAGCCGGACCGGUCCGUGCAGGUGGUGGUGACCGUCAACCCAGAGGUUCUGACUGCAGGAACUCCAGGAACCAAAAUGUUUCUCCCUCUUUACGUGGGAAAGCAGCAGGAAGCUAAAGAACAUCCCCCCUACAGAAGACUGUCAGUCACUGUCAGCUCUGACCCCCCCACCAUCAGCCUGCAGCCCCGCAGAGUCCUCCUGAGCCCCGUUCCUCUGAGGAGCAGCGUGGAGACCACACUCACACUGAAGCUCCACGGAUACCCCAGUGGGACAGAGGUUUUUGCUGAAGUCGAUGAAGUGGAGCUGGAGGACGGGACGAAGACUCAGCCUUUUUCUGUCAUCUUUCCUGAAGGAAACACGGUUCCUGCCUGCAACCACAAACAGGAAGUCCGUGCUGCGUCCCUGACCUGCAGACUGACCUUCAGCUCUGAUGUUCCUGUGUGUCUGCGCUCAAACGUCACCUUCACCGACCACAUGACCAACAGGUUCAGCUUUGAGGUUUGUGCUGCUGCUGACAACAGUCUGCUGACUCUGUGGCCCCACAUGGCGCUGCAUCACUGGAGCCAGCGGGUCAUCCUGAAGAUAGAUGAGCGAUCAGUGAUGGUGGAUCUUCAGAGCUACGGCUCUCCGAGUCCAGCCUCCGGACCAACAACAUCUUCUACUACCUUUGAUCACAGCAGCUCAGAAAACCAGAGUCCAGACAGUUCGACUGGGUCAGUCAGCAGGGACGCCUUCGCCCCGCCCAGCAGAGACUCCUCUGUCCCUGCCGACUCCGAGGAGGGGGCAUUCCACCGGUCCGUGCUGGCGGCCGCGGAGAGGUGGUUCAGCCUGUUCGGUUGGCCGACGGGGCCACACCCCCUCAGUGUGCCGCACACGCUCAGAAGGGUCGUGUCAGACGCUCAAAGCAACAGCGGCGACGGACGAACUCGCCGUGUCAAUCAAAACAAAGAAUCAAGGUCUUUCCUGGACAUGCUUCACCAUCUGAGCGGCAGACAGAUUCCCGGCGUUCCGGUGUGCCGGAGCGUCAGCGAUGAGCUGGAGCGCCGCGUCCAGCAGCUGCUGCAGCAGCACGAAGCUGCUCUGAGCUUCCUCACGGCCCAGGGAGCCUGCCUCGCCCACAUCCGGCCGCAGUACCUGCUGGACCUGCAGGAGUUUGAACACUGGUGCCUCCUGCAGGUAUCUCCACCUGAACACCUGCUCUGUCCCUCCCCUUCAGGUGAGACGAGUGUGUUCUCUCAGUCAGGUCCCGAGGAAGACCGUCUGGACCGCAGGAGUUAUGAAUCUGUGAGCAAACGCUCAUGGACCCACGUUCUUCUGCAGAUUUACAAGGUUCUGGUGUUGCGGCGCGUGUCGGUCCGAUGUCUGCCCUCCCCUCUGGACCACAGCGAGGCGGCCGGUCUCCUCUUCAGCAGCUCCCCGUCGGUGGAGAGUAACUUCUACUCCUCCCAGGAGCUGCUGCUGCUCUCCUGGCUCAACAUGCACUACCACCGCAUGAGGGGAGCUCCGUGGGCCGCAGGAGGAGCCGCUCAGACGCCGGCGCGCUGGAUCGUCAACUUUGACCUGGACUUGGCGGACGGGCUGGUGCUGGCUUCUCUGCUGGCCUCUCACUGCCCUUAUCUGAUCAGAGGCUUCCUGUCCAGGAUGUACGCGGCUCCCAGCAGUUUGGAGGAAAUCUUUCACAACAAUCUGAUUGUGGUACAGGUUCUGAGCAGACUUCACCUCAGCAUAAAUGUCCAGCCCACAGACCUGUGUGACCCCAACCCGGUGCAGAUGCUGAUGCUCUGCGUUCACCUGUACGAGGCGCUCCCUCAGGUCGUCCCCAAAGACAUCGUCACUCUGAGUGGACAUCUGCACAGCUCCUUCAGCAAGCAGGUGCGUCUCACCAACCCGUCCUCAAAGACCAUCAGGUACCAGGCCUCGCUGUACGGAGAAGACGCUCACUGGUUUUCCUUUCCUGCCGGGUCAAAGGUCAUCAUUCCCCCGAGAUCCAGUGCAGAGCUGAGCGUCCAGUUCCGCUGCUUCUGUUUGCGCCAAAUGCAGGCGGUUCUGGUUCUGACCUGCAGCUCUGCGUCUGACGUCUGUUCUCUGGCUCUCAGUCUGAGGACUCGGGUCUCUCACAUCUCACCUACAAGCGCGCUGACCUGUGAGUCUCCCUGCUACCAGCUCAGCACCAUCCAGCUGCCGCUGACCAGCACCUUCCAGACAGAAGCACACUUCAGGGUGGUGCUGGUGGAGUGGAGCUUCAACCCGCUGGAGUCUGAAUCCGGGAUAGAAAGCAUCGUCCAUCAGGCAGUCGGAACAUCAGACAGAACUCCUGAAGAGGAAACGCAGGGUGGAGCUGAAAGAGACUUCCUGAGUGAAGCCAGAAGUGUUCUUCUGAAAGCCAAUCAGAAAGACUCCCUGAACCUCCUCUACCUGCCCUUCGUCCCAGGGAAAAAGCACCUGUGUGUGCUGCUGCUGAACCCACAGGUGGGGGACAUGGUUCACCUGGUGAAGGCGACUGCACACCUUCCUCUUCCGUCUCCUCUGUCUGUCAGGACCAGUCCUCCAUCCGCUCCCAGGACUCCAG